AUGGCAUCUUCAGAUUCAGAAAACUCUGACGUCGAGAUUAGUAAUGAAGAGGAGCAGCAGAGUGAAGAGCAGAGUGAAGGCUCGGAAGCUGAAGAUGCACCAACCAAAGAAGUAGAAGAAGGGGAAGAGUCUGUUGCAGAAGAAACUCGUGAAAAAGAACCCAACUCGGCGAGACUGGCGAGAACCAUCUUCAUCGGCAACUUGAAGGCUAACUUUGAGUUAAAGGAGCUGAAAAAGAUAUUGAAGCAAUACGGAAGUGUUGAUUCAAUUCGCAUACGAUCAGUUGCACCAGCAAAGAAUACUCUGUCAAAGAAAGUGGCACUUCUUUCAAAACAAAUUCAUCCUGGUAAAAAUAAUGUCAACGCAUAUGCCGUCUUCAAAUCAUUUGACUCGGUGGAGAAAGCUCUUGCCCUAAACGGCACUCAAUUUGAUGGAAACACAAUUCAAGUGGAUCGCAUCACUGAAAAACCUUUUCAUCAGAACAAAAACUCCAUCUUUUUAGGCAAUCUUUCAUUCAAGACAACUGAGGAGGAAUUGCGAAAGUUUUUCAGCGAAUGCGGCCCUAUUGACAGUGUUCGUCUGAUUCGAGAUCGAGUAUCUGGCAUGGGCAAAGGUUUUGGAUAUGUAAACUUUGAAGCCAAAGACGCAGUUGUACUUGCACUGGAAAAGAACGGACAGACAUUCAAUGAUCGUGAAAUUCGAGUACAGCCAUAUCAGUACAAACAAGAAAAAUCCGGCAAAAAGAAAGGCAAGAAAAUGGGCAAAAAUAAGAAAGGCGAUGUAAUGAGAUCGCCUCGCAAACAAGGCAGACCCUCGACUGUCAGUGGUGGUGAUAAGCCCGUUCGAGGUGGCAUGAAAAGGAAAGGCCCACCAGUGAACGUCAGUCAGCAGGAGUUCAAAGGCGAAGUGGCGCAGAAGAAAUUCAAGGGUGGCAAAAAAUCGGUCAAAAGUGUGAUCAAGUCGAAGGUGGCCAAUAAGCACAAGAAGAAGAUUGCCGAAAUUCUCAGCAAAUAA